AUGCCCCCGUUUUUGCGGGGGGAGGUAGCGCGCCUUGUUCUCUCCUACACCCUGGAGGAACAGCUGGCGCGCACGACAAGCGCGUUUCUUGCUGAAUCUAAAGAUAUUCCUCAGGAUAUGAAGGAUAUGGAUUCUGAGGAGCAGAAGGAAUACUGUUUAGUCAACGACAGAACCCUCAUGGACGUCUUAAAGGAGUACGUAAGUCUCGUAAGUGAGGUUAAGAAGAUAUCUAUAGAAUUCGACAAGAUAGAAUAUGACAGUAUGAAGUUUGAACCUCCGGUUAAAAUACUUAGAACAACGAUUAAUAACAUGAAGCGAAAGGAGUUAGAGAAGGGUGCAGAGGAACAGGAGAAACUGAGGAAGAAAGAACGAAAGAAACAAUUAAAAACUAUGUACAAGACGAUUAUCCCCACCAAACCAUCGACUGAGGUGGCAGCAGAAAUAGUUAUACAUCUUCCUCCAGCCAGCUCCUCACAAGUUACUCUUCCUCAGGAAGCAGAUUUACCAGCUGAGAAAGAAUCCCUGCCCUUGAUCCCGUCCUCUACUCCUGGCGUAUCUAUACCUGUGAUAAGUAUACCUGACUCCAGGCAGACCAAACCAUUCAAACCAAACCCAAACCAAACCAAACCAGCAGGACAGAAAUCCAAAGAAGAUUCAGAUGAUGAAUUUCUUAAAGGUCUGCUGGGAGGGUUGGGAGAGUCAAUAGCCAAUGUAAUUCCUUCAAGUUUAAAUAAAGAAAGUAUCGGAGAUGUAGCGGAUAAUUGUCUUGAAAACCCAGAUCUAUUCCAGGGGCUUUACAACCUCUUCGACACCUAUCAACAACAAGAAUGCCUAGAUUCCUCUUUUGAAGAAGCCCGGUCAAGAAUUAGCACCCCUGUGCCUGAAGUUUUGCCGGAGAAUUUAGUUGAUCCUGAACCUGAACCUGAACCUGAACUUGAUCCAGGUCAACCCUCAAAACAGAGUUUGAAGCCUGUUCAGCCCGUAUUAAAUCCCACCCAGGAACCAAUACCUUCAGCUCCCUCUGACUCCACAGAGCAGAUUUCUUCCAAAAGCAAAACUCCUGCAAACGAGGUUCUAGCACCACAGAGUAUUAAAUCGAAAAGUUUUGGAGAAAAAGUUAAUUCCAACUCUGCAACUCCUGCAGCGGCUCUCGAAACUAAAUCCCCUCCUUCUAAAGGGGGUAGGUCUGAAAACUCAGAACAUGACAAAACUCCCAGUGCUUCAAGUGACACCCUGAGCCAAGAACCCCGGAGAAACCGGAGAAAAGUUACAAAGCCUAAACACAAGAACGAUAUGUCGGUGACAUCGGAAGGAAAUGUCUCCGGGAUGGCUGGCAGUAUAUUGUCCAAACUUGUAAACCUCUCCAGCAGUAAAACGCUGAGUCCGAAGGGGGUUGAAAAGGCUGCGUUACCGAUGUUAAAAAAUCAUAGUGAGGAGAAACUAUUAUCAAAAAGCAAAUCAGCAAGUCGGCUCCACAAGCUUAUUAAUAUUUCGGCAAAGCACAAGAAGGACAAAAGUUUUGACACAUCGGAGAAUAAAAAUAAGAGCGAAGAUGAAAGCUGCAAAACCUCUGACAAUUCUGCGGAUAUUUCUACUUUUCAGCUUUCUCUUAAAUCCCUCGUCACCGCCAGAAAACCUGGAAAAUCUACGAAAAAGAAUGCGAGUAAACAGCCCCCGGCAAAAAAGCGUAAAAUUGUCGAAGAGCAUGAAGAUGUUGGUGAUCAUGAUCGUGUAACACCUGACAUGAUUCUUAGUGAUAUCAUUGUUGAAGAAGAAGAAGAUAGGACGGAUUCAAUCGUUGAGGAUUAUCCAGGGUUAUGCGAGACUGACGAAGCAAUAGCGCGGUCUAUCCUUCGGAAAAAUGGAAAUGGGAAGUUCAAGAAAAGAGCCAAAUUUUGCGGCCGAUGUGAUGAGUGUAAAAAGAAAUGCGGGACUUGUAAGGUUUGUGAGAAUAAUCCCUUGUUUGGAGGUUCCUGGGCCAAGUAUAAGAGCAAGGGAUGUUUACGUAGAAGUUGCAUUUAUUCAGAGGAUGAAGUUCUGAUGGAGAUGGAAGUUGAACCCUUUAACUUGAAACAAAUAUCCCCAUCUAAGAUGCCGACUCCAUCAGACAAUACAUCAUCUGCCUUCACCACAUCCACGCCGUCCGGAAGUCAAUCAUCCGCCGUAUUCUCCGCCACCCAUAUUCGCACUCUUAACUUCUCCAUCUCACCCAAAUCUCAGGUGUUAGAUGAGCCAACUGAGACGGGUUCUAAAGAAGAUUCUACAGGGGAUCCUGAGGCCGGAGAUAACAAGCUCCUAAGUCGUGUUCUCCGCAACUCCGGGAUCAAAACCUUAUCUCCACGUCCUGAUCCCAGCAGUCCCAUUAAAGAGAUAGAUUCUUCCUGGGCAACGAUUCACACUAUGUUCGUCAAGGACGACGAGGAAGAACUUGAGUGUAAGCUGGAGACUGAGGACGAAGAAGAGGAUACUAAGGAGGACGGAGGAUUCGAAGUCGAGAAUAUAUCUGUGGAUGAUCCUCUGCAACCCUCCAAGUCUACAACAGUAACGGUAUUAAAAUCAAGUACUGUAACAGUAUCUUCCAAUGCUUCUUCUGUGAAUAGAAUAGUUUCUAAUGGUCCGAUAGUUCUUACUCCAGUAGCAAACCCUCCACUAGCUGUUAGGAAGUUUAUGGAGGCUGCUUUACAGAAGAAAAAAGAAAAACUGGCUCUGCAAGGUUCUCAAGAAUCCUUUGCUGCGACUUCAACUACUAUCUCAACAGCUGUUACAACUCAACCUAACACGAACACAAUUGACAAACCGCUGAUAAUUCCAACAAGAAUAGUUCUUCCGCUCCCAGAUUUUCCGGGGACGGCCGUCGCAGUGGCGAGGAAAUCAGCUGUCAAGGUUUCCGCUGUGAUUGAGAAAGCUUCCACGUCUGGUGGAACCAAGAGUACCCAGUUGGCAGCAGGGAGAACUAUUAUUGGUCCUGGAGGAAUAGUGAAUUUGCCAGGAAACGGGGCGAGCAGGUCAACUCCUUUAGCCUGGGAUGAGAAGAUCAGAGCAAGUCUGGGGGAGGCUGACAAGGAUGCUAGUCAUGUCUCUAAACGUGUUAAGGAAAGAACAAUUAGAAGAGCUCGCCUCAAGCAGAAAAGGAAGAAAAGUGAGAGUGAAGAAGAAGAUGAAGAGGAUGAAGAUGAAAAUUCAAAUAUGGAUACACUGGAUACAGAUUUACAGAAGGAAAUCUACGGCCUGGGAGAAACCCUGCUGCGUGACCUGGAGAAGUUCAACAACCAGGGUUUAAGCGGAAAGAAUGAAGCUGAGAAUGUAAACCCUAAAAUGUUGAAAGUUACUCCUGUAAAGACGGUAGUGAGCCUACCUAAACCUUGUCCAACCAUACCCGACACCUCACCAUGCAACACCUCCAUGCCUAUACUGACAAAUACACCAUUAAAACCAGUACACAACCAACACUAUUCCCCUAGCCCACCUUUCAAUCGUCAAAAACCAUUUAAAAAACGGAUUAUCGAGCUUUCCUCCGAGCCUGAAGCCUCCGAUAAAUCUAGUUCUAAGCUGAUUCUUGAGCUUUCUCCCGAACCUGAAACCUCCGAUAAACCUAGUUCUAAACCUGCUCCUGAUUCUACAACGUCAUCUGCGGCGGAGAAGUCAACCCUUCUACCCGUUACUCCUAAAAAGCCUAUGGAAUUUGCCUUUAAAACCCCCCACAAGUCUCCUAGAGUGCCAAGAUCUCCUGUGAGAACUCCUAAAACCCCUCGACAUUUACAAGCAUCAUCUCUGUUGCACCUUCUCUCCCCUUCUGCUGGGUUCAGAAAAGCUGUUCCUCUUACACCUAAAGGGAAAGAAAAAACACAAGACAAUGAUUGUUUGGAGGAGAGGAAUAGACACGCUUCAAGCCUAGAUACUCCUGUCUUAGACUCACCAGGAGAUAUUCCUCCACCCUACUCUAGUGUACGUGAACCUACAACUCCAAGAGGAGAGGGGAAAGUUUACUCUGCUCCUUACUACACUCCUUCACCCUCUACCAGGGAUAGUUUUAUAUCAUCCUCCGGGAAACCUUUAGAUACUCCUGGUCUCGUUUAUUUACAGGCGGAGGGAGAGAGAUUAUCAAGUCAAGGAGAGGAAUCAAGAUCUCCUGGUAAACAAGAGAGAAGAAAAAGCUGUCGGAAGAAUUUCAAGAAUGCUUUCCAGAAAACUAAAUUAAACAGUACACAGCUUGGUUUGCUGGUGGAGCAGGGUUUAAGCUCCUGUUUGGAGCAGCAGGAAAAUAUGAACCAGAAACAGGAAUCAGAGGUUAAUCCGUCCUUAACUCCAGGAGUAGAUCGAGGAUUGAAUUAUUCUCUCUCCGCCAACCAGGCUUCUCCUACUCAAGUUUUUAUCUCAAGGAGUUACACGGAGUCUCCCAGGUUUCUCCUGUCAGGUCCAGACUCCUUAAACUCCAGACAAACCUCUCCUGUAGGAUUCAAGGAUCAAAACAGGACUAGUUAUCUCUCUCCUUCAGCUUCUAUUCUUGGGUUCAGUGUAUCUGGGAGGAAUACGGAUAGUGAGAGUGAUCACCUGGUCAUCAACAGUGAAAGUGAGAUGGAGCGUGAGAGAAGAAAAAAUGAGACAGAAACAAAGUUCACAAAAGCUAAAAAAGUAAUGCGGGUAUGCUUAGACGAAUCUUUGGAUGACAAUGCUGUGGGAGAAGGAGAAACCCUUGAAGAUGUCCAGCGCGCUAUCCAAGUUUUCCAGGAAUCUCGCUCCUUGUCAGAUACAGAAACCUCUCCGUUCCCUGGUCAAGAGAAAUCUCGGGACCAUUCCCAUCCUCUCCCCGUCUCUACCUCGUCCAAUCAGAUUCACUUAAGCGAAUCAGAUUCUGAGCUUGAAGAUAUUGAUGAAGGAAUACAAACCAAAGCUGAAUCUUUCAUAUCCUCCCUGAAGGUUACAUGUCAACGGCGACGAGAGGCUGUAAAACCUCUAGCGGCCCCAAUUUCUAAAAAUGCAACCCCACAGAAGCUGCAGUGUGUAGCAACCUCAAGACCCGGUAAAAGAGUGUCGCUUAUUAGUACAAGUCGAAAGAGCCCUCUUAAGAACGACUGUACGGAAUGGGAGUCAAGAUAUGAUGCGCAUUGUCUUGAUAAAUACGCAAAACAUGAUAAAGUUCGGGGAAUAAAGAAAAAAGCAGGAUCAGAGAAAGAAGAGCUUGAAAAGAAAAGAAAAUCAUCUGGAGGUGGCUCUGCUGUGGGAGGGAAGAAAAGGCGGGAAUCGGGAGUUAAAGAUGAAGAAAUGCGAGAAGUAGCAUCACCUGUCAAAGUAUCUGAGGCUACUAUGUUAGACCAGGAAGAAAUUCAGCUUGCUUUCUCUCCGAGGAAAUCACAACGAAUUCUUACUAAGACAAACUCAAACACCUCUCUUCAUGAUUUCAAAUCCAAACCUUCAAUUUCUAAUCCAAAUCUUGAAUCUGAGGUUGAGGCGUCAUCUUCAAGUGAUCUUAAGGAUGUAACUAUCAAUGAUGAUGAUUCUUCUAGCGAUGAUUAUACCAGUGAUGAUGAGAGUGAGAAUAGUUCAAGUGAGGAGGAGGAGGAUCAUGAGAAUGAUGAACUUAGUGAACAUGAUGAGUUAAGAGAUGAGGAAGAAAAGGGGAACUCCACAAUUCUGCAAAAGACGAUUGGAGAGACCUUGAAAGGUGAAUCGAGAGUGAUAGAGCUCGCCAAUGAAAAAAAGAAAACUUCAAAGAUGAUUGAUGAAGACACAACACCUGUAGAAGCAAAGAAAAAAGAUGUUCAUGGGAAAAAUGAGGAGAUGAAAGAUGUAAUCAAGAAGACUGGGGAAAAAGGAGUUCCAAAAAAACAAGUGGAAGACAAGAAAAAUGUAUCAAAAAUUGAAAGAGACAAAAAUAAUGUUAAGGGGGGUUCUAACAAGGCAGUGGAGGAAAAGAAAGGUGGAAACAAGAAAGCAUUGGAUAACAUAAAUGAUACUAAGAAGAAAGAGGAAAAGAAGAACGAUCUUAAGAAAGUGACAGAGAAAGUAAACGAGAAAAAGAUAACUGAAGAAAAGAAAACCGAAAGCAAGAAGAAAGAGGAACAGAAGGAACUAAAGAAAGUGACAGCGAAAGUGUGUGAGAAAAAGAACACCCAAGAUAAGAAAAUUGAAAGCAAGAAGAUGGAGGAGCAGAGAAAAGACUUGAAUAAACUUGAAGAAAAGAAAAACAUAAUUGACCAUAAGAAAAGUAAAGAAAAUAAUGUCAAGGAUCUGAAGAUUGAGGUGAAAGAGCAUAAAUCUGAAAAAAAGAAAGAUGUCAGGGAUAACGGAGAGAGAAAGGUCCGGGAGAAAAAAUCCCAGAGUAGAAAAGAUGAAAUUAGUAUUGCUGAGACUAAGAAACAAGAGGACAAGAAACUAGAGGGGAAGAAGAUGGCUGAAAAGAAAAUUGAAAUUCGAGGAGCUGACGAAAUCCAGCAGAAGAGAAGUACUCGUAAAAAUCCUGAUUCAAUUCAGCCAGCAAUGGAACUAGAAGAUAAAAUCAAAACCAGAAAUAGAAAGGUCGAGGAUGGAAGUGCCAAGUCGUCGGAGAAACCCCCUCAAUCCACCGACGAUCACAUUCUAGUAAAGAAAGCAAAGGAAACUGAGAAAAAGGCCGAAAACAAAAUGGACAAUUCUUCACGUGCUGAAACACAAUUGAAAAAGAUCAACACUUCUUCAAUUAAGUUUGUUCAGGGUACAACAGUUCUUACGUACGUGAAGUUGUACGAGAUAAGUUAGAAGAUAGUUAUGUACGAGAGAUUUUAUGUACAACCGGGUCGGGAGGCACCUUCUAGAUUCUACAAAGAUCUAGUUUAAUGUCAUGAAAAUUAUAUUUAAUUAUGUAGAAGAUCAAAAUUGUCAAAUGUUAAAAAUAACUAGAGAUAAUUAAUUCAUUGUUUGCACAAUUGUACAAAAUAACGCUGUUUGAAACUUCCUGAACAAUGUACAACAAUGCUUUUUCUGUAAAAAUGUAAAUUAAUAUUUUUGUAUCAAGCGCAUUUAUGAAAAUAUACAGUUGAACUUA